AUGACUGCUCAGGGUCACUCUCCAGUACACUUGCUACGGAAACGACGGUCACCAAAGGGCGUGUCGCGCGAGGACUCGGACGACGAACUCGGCAGCGAAGAUUUGCCCUGGGAAUGGAUCUACGACUCGGCGACUACAUCAGCGCCACCGCGAGACCCUGCCGGCUAUGAAGCAACUGGCGAGCGCAAACGGCGAAAAGUGUCCUCCAGGAAUAUUGUCGGUGCCAAGAUUGGCGAGUUUGCGUGCCGAAUUGGCGACUGUGUCCUGCUCAAGGCCGAAGGGAGCGGCGAGGCAUGGAUUGGCAUGAUUUGCGAGUUCAUCGAGGACGAUGAUGGGGAGGAGGAGAUGAGCGCGAAUUUUAUGUGGUUCUCGACGGAGCGUGAGAUUCGCAACAAGGACAAGAAGAGGACAGAUUAUCUUCCAAAUGAGCUCUACAUCACGCCUUCGUGGGAUGUCAACCCCUUGGCGUCUAUCAAUGGCAAAGCAAAGAUCAUAUCUCUGGGCGCUUUUGAGAAAGAGUACCCCGGCGGAAAGGUGCCGAGGCAGUCACCGGACUAUGGCAAGACAUUUAUUUGUCGCAGGGGCUGCAACACACGGACAGCCUCGUAUACGGACGAGUUCAUAUGGGAAGAGGUUCUCCAGAGCCCCGAGGAUGUUUUCAAGAUGAUCCAAAUGGUCAAGGACAAGACCAAGGCCACGAGAAAGCGCAGACGCGCGAGGAGUCGAUCGCCACAAGAUGACUAUCUACCACCUCAGACACCAACAAAGACUGGGCGUGGAAUGAACGCUUCGACGCCACAGUCCAGGCGGAGUGUCGCAACCCCUGCCUCAAGAAAAAGAAACAAGACACUCGAAUUUACACCCUUGGCCACUCGCAAACUCUCACCGAGCCAGAUCGAGGGCUCGCCUUUCCAGGUAGCACGCAGCCGUCUGCACGUCUCGUCCGUUCCCACCAGUCUGCCCUGCCGCGAAGGCGAGUUCUCGCUGGUGUACUCGCAUCUCGAAGCCGCCAUCAGCGACGGCGCCGGUAACUGCAUCUACAUCUCAGGCACCCCUGGCACGGGCAAGACGGCCACGGUCCGCGAGGUGAUUGGCAGGCUGGAGGAAUCUGUCAACAUGGACGAGCUGGAUGAUUUCAUCUUUGUCGAGAUCAACGGCAUGAAGAUUACAGAUCCGCAUCAGUCAUACACCUUGCUGUGGGAGGCACUGAAGGGCCAACGGGCGAGUCCGGCACAAGCUCUCGAUCUGCUGGAGCGGGAGUUCAGCAACCCAAGUCCGCGACGGACGCCGUGCGUAGUCUUGAUGGAUGAGCUCGACCAGCUCGUCACCAAGAACCAGGCGGUCAUGUACAACUUUUUCAACUGGCCUACGCUCCGUCACAGUCGACUUAUUGUCCUAGCCGUGGCGAAUACCAUGGACCUGCCAGAGCGCACGCUCAGCAACAAAAUCAGCAGUCGGCUAGGCUACAACCACGACCAACUCAUGAAGAUCAUCCAGUCACGACUAGAAGGUGUUCCGGGCAAAAUUGUAGAUCCAGACGCCAUUCAAUUUGCUAGUCGAAAGGUAGCCGCCGUCAGCGGAGACGCCCGUCGCGCCCUCGAUAUCUGUCGUCGCGCCGUCGAGCUCGCAGAAGGCGACAUACAAGGCGAUCCAGGCACGCCUAGCAAGACAGGUCGCGCCGAUGGAUCGAAGCCCAGCUCCAACCGCGGCCGGGUCACCAUUGCCACCAUCAAAAAGGCCAUCAAUGAGGCCACCACCAACCCCAUCCAGCAACACCUCAAGAGUCUGCCCCUCAUGUCCAAGCUACUCAUGGCCAUGCUCAUGCUACGCAUCCGCAGGUCAGGACUGGUCGAGACGACGUUUGGCGAGACCCUCGACGAGCUGCAUCGUGCGAACCUCCGCGCCUCCUCUUCCAACCCGGGACUCGCACUCAUCCUCCCCGGAGGCGCUCGCGCCGGCCACACAUCCGACGUGAGCCGUCCCGCAUACAUUCACACAGCGGCUAUAGAGCUUGCAGCCGCUGGUGUUGUGAUUCUGGAAGCGCAGCGCGCCGAGCGAUCCAGCAAGCUCCGCCUGGCCAUUGCGGAAGACGAGGUGAGAAUGGCGCUCCGUGACGAUGUGGAGCUCAGAAUGCUCGGUAUUGGCGUGUAG